AUGUUAUCUAAAUAGAAUACAUUCAGAAAACAUAUAAAAUCUCCAAAAUAAAUAGUACUUUAAUUCACAGAUUAAUAGAAUACUGCUGAUGAAUUUAUCAAUUAUUGUUAAUUUUCUUAUCCCGCCAAGAUAAUUAACAGUUUAAAUUCAUUGACAGUUGACUCCUAAUCUUAAAAAGUAUUAUUUAUACAGCACCUCUUGCCUUUUCCCCUCUUGAUAUACUAUAUUAAAUAUAUAAUUAGCUAUUUUUUAAAAAAACUUUAAAAGGCCUUCAAUUUUUGCUUUAAACAGAUUUGCUUGAGAUUUCCUGCUUGA